AUGGGUUGUUGUGUAAGUACCCAUGAAAAAAAUCACUCAUUUGAGGACAAUAUUCAUCAAUCUCCUCCAAGAGUUGAGGAAGAAGCUGUUAAAGAAGUUCUCACUGAAAUUCAAAAACCCAAGCCCAAACCCAGGCCCAUUUCUAGGCCCGAAAGCCCGAGAAAACAAAGUCUAGAAGAAGAUAUUGGAGAUCAUACUAAAGCUAAACUUUUACUUCUUACUCCAAAAAAGGCUUAUUUGGAUCCGAAUUUACCUACCCGGGAUCCGGAUCCAUAUACACCAGGAAAUAUUGGAAUGUAUAGAUCUCAAGGGUAUAAUGGUAAUUAUAGUCCGAAUAAAUAUCAUUAUAGUGAUGGUAAUGGUUUAAAGAAUCAAGGGAGAUCACCCGUUAGAAAACGGCCCGAAGGUAGCCCCACCCGGAAGAGGAAUCAGAGUCCGGGUGGGUCAAGAAGAGAAAUGGGUGGAGAUAAUGUGGAUAGGAGGUCUCAAUCACCAGGGAUGAGAGGUAAUGUGGGUCGAAGCCCGUCUGGUAGAAGGAAUGGGCCAUCACCGGGUCGGGUUAGGAUGGUCCAUGGGCCAAGGAUGGAGGAAGAAGAGAUUGGGUAUGAAGAGUUGAGAAGACAAAGUGAAGAGUGGCAAGGUCCUAAAGAGUCACUUGAGAACCCUCUUGUUUCUUUAGAGUGUUUUAUUUUUCUCUAA